AGGCCAUUCUAUUCCCAUAAUUCACAUUCCCAAACAAAAACAACUCCAUGGCCUCCUUCAUCAAACCCAAGAAACCCAUGUCCUCUUCCCAAUCAAAUCUUUGCACCACCCUCUUCUUCAUCGUCCUCUUCACCAUCCCCGUCCUCUUUCUCCUCCACACCUCCACCACCUCUUCCAUCAUCUGCACUUCUCACUUCAACAACAACCCUCCCUUCUCCGGCGACCUCCGCGCCGCAGAGUUCUCUUGGAACCGCCUCUCCUUCCUCCAACACCGCCCCAACCCCCCAGCCUCCCUCAAAAUCGCCGUCUUCUCCCGGAAAUGGCCCAUCGCCACCACCCCCGGCGGCAUGGAACGACAUGCUCACACUCUCCACACCGCCCUCUCCCUCCUCGGCCACCAAGUCCACGUCUUCACCUCUCCUGUCAAACCACAAAAGCUCAUGAGCCAAAACCGCCUCAACCUUAGCCCUAGCUCCUCCCCGCCCUACCUUCACUUCCACGAGGGCGAUCCCGGCUACUGGAGAUACAACAAGGCCUACGAGCAGUUCCUAGAAGAAGAUGAGAAGCAGAAGUUCGACGUGGUACACUCGGAAAGCGUGGCGCUUCCUCACUGGCUAGCCCGCCGCAUCCCCAACCUCGCCGUCUCCUGGCACGGCAUAGCCCUCGAGAGCUUACACUCCAAUAUCUUCCAAGACUUGACGCGUAAGCAAGGCGAGCCGAUAGAACCUGCCUUCAAUCAAAGCUUACAAGGAGUAGUUCCAAAGGUCCUCAACGAGAUCAGGUUCUUCCAUAACUACGCGCAUCAUGUAGCAAUUAGUGACAGUUGCGGUGAAAUGCUUAGGGACGUUUACCAAAUACCCAACAAGAGAGUGCAUGUAAUACUCAACGGCGUCAAUGAAGAAGAUUUCGGUGUCGACUCUAAGCUCGGGGAAGAGUUCAGAGGAGGAAUAGGAAUACCACAAAAUGCUAGCAUGGUGUUUGGAGUUGCAGGUAGGUUAGUGAAAGACAAAGGCCAUCCUAUUCUGUACGAAGCUUUCUCGGAGCUCAUAGCCAAACAUCAAAACGUGUAUCUGAUCGUGGCCGGGUCCGGACCAUGGGAGCAGCGUUACAAGGAUUUAGGUCCUCGUGUACUUGUUCUCGGAUCGAUGAGUCCUUCUGAGCUGCAUGCCUUCUACAAUGCCAUUGAUGUGUUUGUGAACCCGACCCUAAGGCCGCAAGGACUUGACCUGACACUCAUGGAGGCGAUGAUGAGUGGGAAGCCGGUGAUGGCGUCGAGGUUUCCGAGUAUUAAAGGAAGCAUUGUCGUCGACGAUGAGUUCGGGUUUAUGUUUGCUCCCAACGUCGCGUCGUUGCUGGAGGCUUUGGAGUUGGCUGUGAAAGAAGGGUCGAGGAGGAUGAGCCAACGAGGGAAGGCGUGUAGGGAGUACGCGAGUUCCAUGUUUACUGCGAGGAAGAUGGCAUUGGCUUACGAGAGGUUGUUUCUUUGUAUAAAAAACGAUACAUUUUGUAACUAUCCUUGAGCUAGCUAUACUACUAUAGGUUUCCUUUUUCUUUUCUCUCUUCGAUCAUCUCCAAUUUUCAAUAGGAAAUUGUAUUGUUUUCAUAUGAGUUGGGUUCACGUUU